CACACAGCUCUUCCGCUUACAUCGUGUUCUUUCUUUUUUGCCGUGUGUGUCUGUGUGAGCUUUUUGUAUUUUUUCAAUUUUUUGUCCAAUUUUUUUCGUUUCUUUCAUUGAAUUUUUUGUUUUUUUGGACAAUGGCUGUUGGAAAGAAUAAAGGUCUUGCUAAAGGUGGUAAAAAAGGUGUCAAAAAGAAGAUUGUCGAUCCAUUUACCCGUAAAGAAUGGUAUGAUAUUAAAGCUCCGGUUGUUUUUGCCAAUCGUAAUGUCGGUAAAACCUUGGUUAAUCGAACACAAGGAACCCGUAUUGCUUCUGAAGGUUUAAAAGGACGUGUAUUUGAAAUAUCAUUGGCCGAUUUACAAAAUGAUGAAGUUGCCUACAAAAAAUUCCGUUUGGUUUCCGAAGAGGUACAAGGUCGUCAAGUUUUGACCAAUUUUCAUGGUAUGGAUUUGACAAGAGAUAAAUUACGUUCGAUGGUAAAAAAAUGGCAAACAUUGAUCGAAACACAUGUCGAUUGUCGUACAAGCGAUGGUUAUUUGUUACGAUUUUUUUGUAUCGGUUUUACACGUCGUUGGCCACAUCAGGUGAAAAAAACUAGCUAUGCUCAAACAACAAAAGUACGUGCCAUUCGUAAAAAAAUGGUUGAAAUCAUCACGAAUAAUGUAUCAUCGGUCGAUUUGAAAGAUGUUGUAUUGAAAUUGAUUCCUGAUUCGAUUGCCAAAGAUAUUGAAAAGGCAUGCAAUUCAAUCUAUCCAUUGCAUGAUGUUAUGAUUCGAAAAGUAAAAGUAAUGAAAAAACCGAAAUUUGAAUUAAGCAAAUUGAUGGAAAUGCAUGGUGAAGGUAAAGGUUCAUCAAGUACAACAGCUGCAGCAGCAACAAAAACCGAUGGUGAAUCAUCCGUUAAAGUUGAUCGACCAGAAGGUUAUGAACCACCCGUACAACAAACGGUUUAAAUAAUUUAAAAAUUUUUUUCUAAAAAAAUGUAUUUCAAAAUUUGAAACAAAUAAAAAAUGAUUUUUUAUUUUGAAAAAUAA